AUGGAUGGGCGCCUCCAGCUGUCUGAAGAACCCGAGAUCAGCUGCGUGGACUGCACUUUAUCAUCUGCCGGUGACCAUUUCUCGAAUGACCAGGCUAGUCCAAUGGCAACCGCAUCACAUUUUGAACGCAGAGAGUCGGAUGCUAGUACCACUUUCGUUUCCCCUACACCCUGGAGUGUAGACCCUCCUAGUCCUUCACCUAUCAUCACCCCAAAUGCUUCUGAACCACAAGGCACCCAGACUUUUAAUAUACUCACGACAACCAUCACGUCACUUGGGCCUCUCCCCACAGUUACAUCGACCAGUAUUGUUAUGGUUCCGAGCCCGUUCCCUCAACCGACGCCAGUGACUGACACCAGUUCGAAAUUUCAAUCGCGCCCAACCACAGGUGCCAUUGUAGGAGGAACCGUAGGAGCAGUCGCACUUCUAGCUCUCCUACUUUUUAUUGUGCUGUGGCGUCGCAGGAAACAACAGCUCUCCGUAACGCCCUUCAACCUCCUUUCAACUGCAGGGCCAACGCAGGUUGAGUCACGGGUGCAGCUCAAGUUGAGCACCAGUGGUGCUGUCCGUCCAAGCAGCACAAGCUCGUCGUUCAUUCAAUACUCUGACGCAUGUCUCGCAGAGUAUUCUGUGAACAGAUGCUCAUCAUGCGCUACAGAUCCCAUAUCAUAUCACUUCCCCAACUGA